ACUCCCUCAUCACACCUCCAAUUAUCUCUAGCACUCCCAAAACACCCUACAAAAGCUCUUCUCCAAAUCCCUGCCAAAUCCCAACCCAUCCCUAACCCAGUAAUGGCAACAACUAUCCAAAAGUUCAAACUCAUUUUUUUUGUCCCCCAAUCCUCCCUCUCAGCCUGCAAGACUGCCAUCUUCGCCGCCGGUGCAGGACGAUAUCCCGGUCCGGGAGGUUAUACAGAAUGCUGUUUUGUUUCGAAGGGUUUGGGGCAGUUUAGGCCAGGGGAUGCGGCAAAUCCGAAUAUUGGUGAGGUAGGGAAGUUAGAAGAGGUUGAGGAGGUGAGGCUUGAGACUAUUUGUCUGGGCAGGGAGGUUGCGGUUAAGGCUGUGGAGGCACUGAAAAAAGCGCAUCCGUAUGAGGAGCCGGCUUAUGAGAUAUAUAAAAUUGAGGAUAUGUGAUGUGAUGCAAGAGAGGUAGGUUGUAAAUCAUGGUAUGCAAUUCAUGUGAGGAGAGGGACUUAAAAGCAUUCAUCCAGUCUUCGAAGUAUGUAGAAAUCUUUUCGAAAGGUUCAGA